UCUACUCAUCGUCCUUCCCCCCACAACCCCCUCACCUGUCUCCUGCCAGCUUGCACGCUCUCCCCUUGUCCUUCCAUUCCCGGCCUGGAGCGUUCUCCCUCCACAGACGCUGGGCGGACCUCGUCUCUGACCCUCUGUUCCCCGUCCCAGCAGAUCGAUGACUUUAUGGGUCAGGAUUACAACGAGGAGGAGGAGGAGCACAAGUACUUUCGCCGCAAGCGUUUGUUCGUCAUCAAGAACCUGGUGUGUGCCAGUGUGGGCACCAUGCUGAUCUACGCCGUCUACCUGGGGCUCCUGCAGGUACAGUUGAUCCUGCACUAUGACGAGACGUACCGGGAGGUCAAGUACGGCAACCUGGGUCUGCAGGACAUCGACAGGAAGAUGCUGAUGGGGAUCAAUGUCACCCCCAUCGUGGCGCUGCUCUACACCCCUGUCCUCAUCAGGUUCCUGGGCACAAAGUGGAUGAUAUUCCUGGCCAUGGGGAUUUACUCUCUCUUCGUAUCCACCAACUACUGGGAGCGUUACUACACCCUGGUCCCGUCCGCUGUUGCCAUUGGAGCUGCGAUUGUCCCACUCUGGGCAGCCAUGGGGAACUACGUCACCAGGUCCAUCUUCACUGAUUCCCGGGAGUGUGUG